ACCACACAGCAACAACCGACCCUGAACUCAAAACAGGAUCGCAUGAUUGAAGGUGUCUGUCCAAUGGGCGCGGCCCGAUCGAAACCACUCAUCCCCCGGUCUUCGCGCAUGAUGGCAUUGAGGAAGUUCAAGAACUUUGGACGUGAUUUAGCGGACCCUCGACCCAAUACCAGCAGCGCCCAACCCGUCAAAACUUCGAAGGGAACUGCACCGAUUCUCAGACUUCCAAAUGAUGCUGAAAAUACAGUCAGAAAAGUUGGGGAAACCUAUCUGGCCUCUGGGGAUACUGACCAGUUGCGCGUGAAAAGGAAUAAAUUCCAACAAGGUCUUGCGGCCAAUUCCUUCGAGUUGAAUUCAAUCAACCAUCCCGCACUGAUUGAGAACCCACACACGAUCCUCAAAACAAGAUCGACUGACUCUGCCAAGGAAAUUCUAUUGUCUGUCCCGGGGAGAUUAGCACCACUGACCAAACGCAGAUCUACCCCUGGUGAAGAACUUCCACUAGACUCAAGAAUACGCCGUGUAUCCAUGAUCCUCAUGAGUCGUCACACGCUACCCUACACAGACAGCCGAAUUCAGAUUGUGGAGCCGAAAUCGAGCAUGGGGAGUGGGAACAGUCUCAAGGACGAUACUGCCUUGAAUCCCGCUCUGAGUACCUCAUCCCGUGGAUGGAAAUACAACGGAGUUGUAAGACAAGAUACAGACAACUGGUCGUUGCUCUCCGCGCCCAAAGGAGAGUCACCCACAUCGCUGCCAAAACGAUCCCCAGAGGUUACCUUUCCCCAAAUGGCUUCACUUGACAGUUGUGCAGGAAGGCGUGAAAUCACUCUCCGAAAGAAUAAGAAGGCCCGAAGACCCACAGAUCGUUUCUCCAAAGGAAUUGGCUAUCAUCUGGGAAGAAGAAGGCAUUUACUGGAACGGCGUCGUCGGAUGGCUGACUUUGCCUUGGCAUUUGGUAUUUUUGGCAUACUUGCCGCUCUGUUGGACACAGAGUCCAUUGCAUGUGGAUGGUAUAAACAG